UAAGGAUAAACCUUGUCUUAACAAUAGGGUUUUACUUUCAGAUUUUAGAGCCACUGCUACUCAAGGCUUGCUCUUUCGUCUUGGACUCUGCAGAUUAUAUUCAACAGGUUGAGCAAAAUAGAGGCAAAUUUUGUAUAUAGGCAUGGCAAGCUUGAUCAUGGCCCCAACCUUCAGUUCCUUCUCCAUCAACAGUAGAAGCAGAGACUUCAGAAAGUUAAACAUUAAUAUCGGGCGAAGUCAUGGUAUAAAGGCAAUGCGGAUAGAGAAAUCUCUGGAGGAAUUAUACAAUGUGAGCGUGGAACGGAAAGUAUCACCAGAGCGACUGGCAGAGCUUGGGGUUUCAAGAUGGUCAGUAUGGAAGACUGGCAAGUGCAAGCUGCCCUGGGACUGGCAGGUGGACCAAUUGGUUUACAUCGAGGAAGGGGAGGUGAGAGUAGUGCCUGAAGGCAGCCAGCGGUUCAUGCAAUUUGUUGCUGGAGAUCUUGUUCGUUACCCCAAGUGGUUUGAGGCAGACCUCUGGUUCAAUGGUCCAUACCAAGAACGUUACAGUUUUAGAGCAUACGGUGAUGAUUGAGAACUCAUUAUGUCAAGUCAUAUGGAGUUAGUUUUCCCUUCCAUAUGUUUUUUAUUGUCUAUUCCCAGCACGUAGUUGAACUAACGUAUACCAGAAUCAAAAGAUUGGUUUUAGAUCAAUCUACUAUAUGGUUCUGAAUGUGUCAAGUAUCCAUCAGAAAACAUAAUGACUAAUGGCAACCAAUUGUCCACGUGAAUAGAAAUCAGUCAAAUGCUAAUGACACUGCCUCAAGUUCAAAUUA